GGAGUGAGGCUGAAACUCGGAGCAAAGAAGAAAGAAGAUUUUCCCUUCGGUCGCGCUCACACAGGCCGACCUGCCCAUCGCAGCCAGAAAAACCUGCUCAUUAGUGUCACUAAACUGUGAGGUUUACGUGGUGAAAAACUGUUGCAGUGCGAUCCUAAUAGGAGAUCAGAUUUUUUUCACAAGGACUCUUGGGCAUUACUGAGCCGCGGAAGUCUCUCCUCUCGCUUCUCUCAUUGCUGCUCAUCAAUUAAAACAAUCCUCUGCCUGCUCAAAGCAAGACUAGCGCGCUACAGUACUAUUUUUGCGUGACCCAAAACUUGUAUGAGUAUCCAGGAUUGCUUUCUACUUCGAAGAAGGACCCUUGAGCCCUCCACCAUCUUCUGACUGUCUGCCCAACUGCAGCGUUUGGGUGUGGAGGAGUGGUUUUAGAAUUAGGCCUUUGGACACUUGGUGAAGAUGACUUGAGUUGGCAGGCCUAAAAACCCCUUACCCACAGAGAAAAAAGAGAGAGAAAGACCGAGUUUGGCAGUAGGACACACACUCACACACACAACACACAAAUGUGGGUGCCGAGGCGGCUUUGAGCCAUGCUGGUGUUGCUGCUCGUGGAGCCCUGGAGUACAGGCUAUCAUCAUCCCUAUCAUCAUUCACCCAACCAGAGGAAGAUUCCACAGCCCCAAGGAAAGAGGCUACGCUUCUGAGCGACUCAAAGAAGACUGCGAAAACUGUGCUGCACGCAGAGAUCCACAGCAACAUCCUCCAUCACACGUACACACGCACUAAUACUCCUCUCCACAAAUCCUUGAUAAAGGAAAAACAAAGCUGCGGCGGACGUGAAAAGCACUGAGAGUGAGCAGGAGCUGUGCACCAACAUGGCAGCCGAGAGUCUUGCUGAGCUCCGCGAUUGGCUAUUUCUGCUCCUCCUGUGCCUCACCUUAUUGGCAGAGGUGCUGGAACUGGCAGCAGCGGCAAUCGCCAUGGAGACGGGAGAAGGAGACGAGGGCAUAGUUUGUCCCCUAGUGUGCCGCUGUGAUGAGGGCUUCAUCUACUGCAAUGAUCGUGGCCUCAGCAUAAUUCCUCCACUGCCACUAGCGGCUGCCAUCCUGUACUUGCAGAGCAACCGGCUGAGCAAUGCAGGCUUGCCUCAAUCACUGGAACGGAGCAGUUCCAUACGAGUGAUUUACUUGUAUGCGAACCAGUUGGAUGAAUUUCCUAUACACCUGCCACCGUCGCUACGGGAGCUCCAUCUACAGGAUAAUAAUAUACGAACGUUACCGCGUUCUGCUUUGGCUAAGUUACCGGCACUAGAACGUUUACACCUGGAUGAUAACUCUAUAUCAACAGUUAGCAUCCAGGAGCGAGCCUUUUCUGGGACUCCACGGCUUCGACUAUUGUUUCUGUCUCGAAACCACCUCUCAAGCAUCCCAGCCGGUCUGCCGUCAUCCUUGGAGGAGUUACGACUGGAUGACAACAGAAUCAACACGAUCCCCACCCAUGCGUUCCGUGGGCUCUCGUCCCUGCGACGGUUGGUCCUGGAUGGAAACUUGUUGGCUAACGCACGCAUUGCUGAUGACACCUUCUCCCGUCUCUCCAACCUGACCGAGCUCUCAUUGGUGAGGAAUGCCCUCGUCUCUCCACCGGUCAAUCUGCCUUCAGCUCACCUUGUGCGACUCCACCUGCAAGACAACGGAAUGACCCAUAUCCCAAGAACGGCCCUUGAAGGGAUGCGGAGGCUACAGAGGUUGGACUUGUCGGGGAACAACUUGACUACACUCCCUCGAGGGCUUCUGAAGGACACGGAGAAUCUGGAUCAGCUACUGCUAAAAGGAAACCCCUGGAACUGCAACUGCAACCUUCGCUGGCUUCAUGUCUGGCUGCAUGGACGCGGCGCAGCGGUGACAGUGAAAGGUCUGACCUGUCAGGCACCCGAGUCCGUCAGGGGCCAGGCCUUAAGAGAACUGACUUCUCUUUUAGAGCAAUGUGAAGGUCCUCCUGCAGGUCCCAGCACAGGGAUAGGGGUCAACCCUGCAGAAAGAGAUGGAGGAAGUGAGGACAGUCUUGGCGGGGGUCAAGCAGUGGCUUCAGUGCCUCAUGGCAGCACUACCACUACCUCCCUACUGGUCCCCACUCAAGGUUCCCUCUUCACCCUGAGAGCCAAGCGGCCAGGCCUUGUAAUGCCUCUUCCUCCAGGCGAGGGGGGGCAGGUAUCUGGAGAGGCCCUGGAGCUGACAGUAAAACCUCUCUCUUCAGACAGUGUGCUUGUUAGCUGGCUCUGCCCACAGCCAGCACCCUCCUUCCGCCUGUCAUGGCUGAGGUUGGGUAGCAGUGCAGCUCUUGGCUCAAUAACAGAGACUUUGGUUCCGGGAGAAAGGAGGCAGUAUCUCCUCACCCAGCUCAGCCCUCGCUCCCAUUACCUCAUUUGCCUGCUGCCACUACGACAGGAGUCCUCAUUUGGGGGCUCCAGCAUGGGUUCAUCUCGAAGUGGCAGCAUGGACAUGGACAGCAAAGACUCAGCACCGGCCUGUGCUCAGAUAGAGACUGGAGAUGCUCUGAUCAGCUCACGAGGGGAGGGCUCAGAUAAGGAGGGACAGGACUCAGAGCUAACAGCGCUGCCAUUGGCAGGGAUCAUAGGGGGUGCCACAGCUUUGGUAAGCCUGCUCUUAAUCUUUGGUAUCUUCUGCUGGUAUGGACAGAGAGCAGGUUACAUGUCUGGGGACUCGGGCUCGUACAGCAGGGGCCGGGGCGGCAAACAUUAUGAUGACUAUGUGGAGUCAGGCACUAAGAAGGACACUUCCAUCUUAGAAAUCAGGGCCCCUCCUGCAGGGUUUCAGAUGACAGCUAUGGCCCACCAGCCCCUGCAGCCUAAAUUGGAGGAUGUCACCUACAUUCACACCAUUUUCCCCUCCUCCUCCUCCUCUUCCUCCCAAGCCAACGGGACCUACCGGAGCACCCAGGGAGCUGGCAGCCUCAACGGCACCAUCCUCAGCCAAACCAGCCACCACCAUGUCACUUAUGGCACCAACCGUGGGUACAGAGAGGGUGGCAUCCCUGACAUAGAUUAUGCCUACACGUGAUGAUACAGGGGAAAACUCCCUGAGCCACAAAGGCCUUCCUGGCUUGUGGUCGUUUUGUCCUUGGUUUCCAAAGUACCCUCUGUGCCUCUGCUGGUUCAAUUGUGAUUGGUUUGCAAAGUAGAGAAGACUGAUUUCAGCUGUACUGAUUGGACAUUGCUCUUGAGUGACAGAAGUAACCGUCCUACUAUACUACUGUAUGCUACACCGUACAGUAGGUUCUUCUUUCAGCGCUACUUAUAGUUAUAAAUGGUUACGUUUUCUCUUUUGAAUAUCUCAGUGUCUUUCAAUCCUACUGUUCUUCCCAGCUCAUAAUAAUACACAGUAAUUUAUUUGAGGUUGAUAUACUAGGCUUAGCUGAUUUAGCAGGAGAUAUAUUUAUAAUAUGAGGAAAAAGGCACUUGAUGUGUAUAGAGAUAGCUCUCAUAUCUUCCUACCAACUGUAAGCUCUGUGCUGUAUAGAUAAAAGGGAUGACAGAGGGACAAAUCAAUGGCUGUUAUAACCCAUAGAUGACAAUGCAUCAUGGUUGACAUGAAAGGAUGUGUUCCUAGCCCCCUCCUUUCCUCUGGUUUACUCCCCUCCUUUUUAAUUUCUCCUCCUUUCUGCCUCUCUUUUUUUUUUUUUUUUGGCUGAGGCUCUUUCCUUUUAUUUCUCUCAUGCCUUUUGUGGUGCUGUGAGCAGAGGACGACUUUGUUCUCGCCAAGGGAGCUGACAGCAGUGAUAACAGUUCUGACAGAGACAGGAGACACAAACCACAGCAUGGAGAGACUAAUGAGAGGGAGAGGGGGAGAAAGAAAGUGCGUGUGAAGGGGUGGUGAUGGAUAGACGGAAGGAUGGAGGGAGAGAACAUAAAAGAGGACAAGAGAGGAGGUGCUGUUUCGGGGAAUGCAGAUGCCGAGGUGUGUUGGCUUAAGGCAGAAAGAGGACGAAACGGAGAAGGGGGGGAUCAGGAGCUAAGUGUGGAAAAAGGCGUGUGACAAAUGCAACAGCGGGAGGUGAAAAAAAAAAAAAGAACACAAAAGAAGAAGAAGAUGGGGAGUGAAGACGGGUGUGGGUGGGGUGAAGAAGAGGGCUGACAACUUAAAUAAUGUGACAUCAUCAUCCAAAAUGAGGAUGAGGUUUUGCCCCCGGCGUGUCGGCUGCACUCGGCAGAUACUUGAACAGACUGCAUGCUUCCUUCAUGGACUGAUGCUGUUUGGGUGCCUGAGAUCAACUUGAGUCAAACAUUUAUUCAUUCAUUAGUCUCACCUCCCACCCCAUGUACCUUCUGCAUACAAAGCAUACACAUUUGGACGGCACAAUUUUGUAAACGCAAACAGGGCAGCAAUAGGAGGAGAGGCAUGCCAAGACAAUCAGAGAGAAAGUUAAAUGACUGUCAAGACCUCGGGAGAAGAGACGAGCUCGAGAAAGAAUGUCUAAUACAACACUUGGUCACAGAUUUUAGACUGAGCACUGCAUGUACCCGGUUUUUAUUGUGGUCUGGUCUCAUCUUUAAAUUAUCUUUGCAAAUGAAGUGAAAGAAACCUAAUCAUACGUCUCAUAAUAGUAACCCAUUAUCUUCUCGAGGCUCGCCAAACCUUAAUUAAAAAAAAAAAAAAGUUUAAGCAGCUGAUAAUUUUCUGGUGGAAGUUGGAACGAGUUUGAUCUAAUUAAUUUUUUUCCCACAUCCACUCACGACAAUAUAUGUGUUUGAAUUAAAAGUUUGCCUAUUACUGUUUUUAUUAUUUCAGAAAAGAAGAUAUCAGCAUAUAUUGAUCGAUCGUCAUAAUUGUGAUUUUCUAUUACAUUAUUUAUUGCUAUGUACCGAUUUGGAGAACCCAGUGAAUUGAAUAUCUGACAAAUUGUAAUAAAAUAUAUAUCAGAUGAUUGUUGAAGCAAUCUCUGGUCGUACAGUCAGUUGUACAGCCAAAGGCAGCAUCUGUAGUGUAAACAUUAUCUGUUGCACCAAGAUACAACACAUUCUCUUGUUUCAGCUUCCUAUUUGUGAAUGUUUGCUGCGUUUCGACACCUUAUAGUAAAUUGAAUGCCUUUUUUUCAACUAUGUUUUUGAAUGAAUCAGAUUAAUAGUGUUAUUUUGGGCUUUAAGGAUGGUGGUAACAGUUAAGCAGUUAAUUGAAAUUAGCAACUGAGUUUCAGCCUCACAAAUUUAUAUUGUCCCAGAGAGUAGUCGCCAAACUUCCCCAACAUAAAUACUGCAUUUUACACCCCGAUUUACCUUAUAUUCACAAAAUAUUAAACUGGAUUAGUUGCAUUUGAAGCAGUAAAGUACAUCAGCUGACUCAGCUGUCCAGCUUUUCUUUUUUUUUCAGGCCUUAGCACAGCAUAGACUCGGCUCUGUUGACAGGGAUCGCAGCCGGACCGCUACACUGUGCAUUUCAACACAAACACGGACACAGGGAAGCGGCACCUGCUUUCUGACUGCCUCCCACUGACCCCACAAACACACUUUCAAAGAAGGAAGAACAUCAAAGCAAAGUGCUAACAAACAGCCAGAGAUUAGAGGAGGAAGGAGAGAAGGUAGAGAGGGGGAGGAAAAAAAAGGCCGAGAGCGUAGAAGGGUGAUUUAGUUAGAGCCUGUAAGUGUUGAAACCCGUUCUUUAUACUUUGAGAAGCUCUCUUUCUCUUUUCCUACCUGUGUUACUGAAUAACAGUAAUAUUGGAAGCGCUGCAGUGUGGGUUUUUAGUUUUUUUUAUGUCUGCAUUUGUUUUCUGUUCGUUCUUUUUAACAGCACUGAAGCUUCCUUUCAUUCUGUGUAGAAAAUCCUUUUCCUUU